AUGCGUGUUAAGCGGCACCCAGACCGAGAAGGCAGCUGCGAGAAAAACCAGGCUUGCUUCCUAGACUGGACCUCUUUUAUGACCGACGGAGAGCAGCUUGAUCUUCCUGAACGCUGGUUGCUCCCACCAGCUUCUGUCUUGAACACCCUGUUGCAUCCGCGCAUUGAGAGAGAUGCUUACCAUGGCCUACGGCCAGGAGAACGAGACGAGAUCUUAUGGCCCGGAGCCAAGGUAAACCGAUGGAAAUGGGGGUCUUCGGCAGAUGAUCAGCUACUGUCCCAACAACACAUUCUGACCCCCCAGCCAGUCCCCGUCGUGAUUCCCGGCGGGGCUCGCUGCUCUUUCAUGCUUUCCAACGAGCACCCGAUAACCGAACCCCAAUGGACCCUACCGCUACUGUCGCAGGCGGACCGAGUCUCUGGGGCGCCAAUUCUCACGGUUGAGAUGACAGCUUCCACCCACUGGAACCCGAAGGAGAGCCUCGCCGUAACCUGGACGGUGACCUACCACGGCACCGGAAGAGAGAAUGAUUCCAACAACUCCAGACCAAUCACGUUCCGCACUUUCAACUUCCAUGUUUACGGGACUUUUCUCGCGUAUCGCCAGCGGUAUGAGGAUGGAGAAUGGGAGCCUUAUACAGAAGGCAGGGACUGUGCCUUUCCCAAUGGACCCGAUGAUCCUUUCCAGGUCACUGUAGGCGAGAAAGGAGAAAGAGGCGGGUUCGUUAGCCUGCGGCCCGGGCAAAGCCGCUCGAAGUCGAUACAUAUCGGUCCCGGAGACCAUUUACCGCCGUAUCCGGCCACGGGAGAGAUCCUGCGCUAUCGCUUCAAUGGCUGUGAGUUGGACUGGUGGGACUGGGGCACACUGGAAGAUCAUGCCCACACGGUGCUCACUGUUCCGGGGUUCCUUGGUGGCGAAGUCUUGGACCCCCCGGAUAAUGGAGGGAGGCCCAAGGUGGUCGUUCCCGCGUCGACACCUGUCGUAUUUACAGUGAUUUGAGUGUUUGAUCCUUGGCAUCAUGUUCUCGUAUUUCAAUGAAUUUGUAGAGAGGCUGAGCGCGUAUGAAAAUGUC